GCAAGAAGCGCUUCCGGCAGCCUUGGGCGAAUAAUCCACAAUCAGCCUUCCGGCCCCGAAGUAAUCCUCGGCUCAGGCCUCCCCGGGUUGAUCCAUCCCUCCCAGCCCCGCUCCCGCGACGCGGCAGUGAAGAGUGGCGUCUCCAUGCCUCUGUCCAGGGCCAGACCUCCUCGUCUCCCCGCUGCCCCGGGCAUCAGGCGACUCCAGGACUCUGUGAUCUGCGCCUGAGCCUGCUGAAGCGCCCGCGGCUCCUGGGCAUUCCUUGGGCUUGGAACCUGUUCUUCGUACUCCUUUCGGGAGAACAUCGUUAGUCCUAUGGUGUGGCAGACAUUGGCAUUUUUCUAAGUGGUCUUGAACAGUCUACUGUUUACGUAAACGACGGCUAGACUUCAUGUUUUCUACUUCAGAAGCCUGUAAUCUACAGCUGGCAGAGAUCUGAAACACUACUUUUAGGAUAUCAUCUACAUUUGUCUUGAAAACUCUUCUUACUCCAAAAUGUUGAGAUACUGGGGCGAGAUACCAAUCUCAUCAAGCCAGACCAACCGAAGUUCCUUUGACUUGCUGCCGCGGGAGUUCCGUCUGGUGGAAGUCCAUGACCCGCCCUUGCACCAGCCCUCAGCCAACAAGCCCAAGCCCCCCACUAUGCUGGACGUCCCGUCAGAGCCGUGCAGCCUCACCAUCCACACCAUUCAGCUGAUCCAGCACAACCGGCGACUGCGCAACCUCAUUGCCACAGCCCAGGCCCAGAAUCAGCAACAGACGGAAGGUGUGAAGACUGAAGAGGGUGAACCCCUUCCUUCUUGUCCUGGGUCACCUCCUCUUCCCGAUGACCUCCUGCCUUUAGACUGUAAGAAUCCCAAUGCUCCAUUCCAGAUUCGGCACAGUGACCCAGAGAGUGACUUUUAUCGUGGGAAGGGGGAGCCUGUGACCGAACUCAGCUGGCACUCCUGCCGGCAGCUCCUCUACCAGGCAGUGGCCACCAUCCUGGCCCAUGCAGGCUUUGAGUGUGCAAAUGAGAGUGUCCUGGAGACCCUGACUGACGUGGCACACGAGUAUUGCCUGAAGUUCACCAAGUUGCUGCGCUUCGCUGUGGACCGGGAGGCCCUGCUGGGGCAGACUCCCUUCCCUGACGUGAUGGAGCAGGUGUUCCACGAGGUGGGCAUCGGCAGUGUGCUCUCCCUCCAGAAGUUCUGGCAGCACCGCAUCAAGGACUAUCACAGUUACAUGCUACAGAUUAGUAAGCAACUUUCUGAAGAGUAUGAGAGGAUCGUCAAUCCUGAGAAGGCCACAGAGGACACCAAACCUGUGAAGAUCAAGGAGGAGCCUGUGAGCGACAUCCCCUUCCCCGUCAGUGAGGAGCUGGAGGCUGACCUUGCUCCUGGAGACCAGUCGCUGCCCAUGGGUGUCCUCGGGGCUCAGAGCGAGCGCUUCCCCUCUAACCUGGAGGUGGAGGCUUCACCACAGGCUUCGAGCACAGAGGUGAAUGCUUCCCCGCUUUGGAACCUGGCCCACGUGAAAAUGGAGCCUCAAGAGAGCGAAGAAGGCAACGUCGCCGGGCACGGCGUGUUGGGCAGCGACGUCUUCGAGGAGCCCAUGUCAGGCAUGAGCGAGGCCGGGAUCCCGCAGAGCCCCGAGGACUCAGACAGCAGCUACGGCUCGCACUCCACCGACAGCCUCAUGGGCUCCUCCCCCGUUUUCAACCAGCGCUGCAAGAAGAGGAUGAGGAAGAUCUAAAAGGAAGGGAGAUUUGCUGUCGGAAGCAAUAAGCUCAACAGAAAAACCAAUGUACUCGAAUUUGUUUCCACCGUGAUUUGACUUAAACACAGUGGAUUUUCCUGAUUUCAGUGGAAUCGGACUCAACGAAACAAGUUUGCAUCUUGUGCACCCGGGUUUUGUAGUUUCCCACGGCGGCCAUGCCACCUCUCGCAGAGGUCACGACGCUGGGACAGUUUUCGGACCUCAGCCCCAGCCGUGACCCCUGUCCUCACUGUGAGACUAAUCGAGUGUGUUAGCCUCUCUGGGGCCAUUUCUCUGGCACAGCUGAGAAGAAUGGUACCCCUCCGGCUGGUGUGGCAGGGCUCUCGUGAACACCCAGAUGUUAAUAAACCUCCCAGCUGGGCUUGAACAGA